UUCUGUUGAAGCGGCGGGAGCCCGGAGCCGUGCGUAGCGCAGACAGCAGAGCGCCCCAAAACGCAGCCGCUGCCCGUCGACCUCAUCCCGGCUUCAGCGUUUGGCGCUCGGGCGCCAGAAGCCGCUGGAGGAACAACGGAUUUAAGUGGGUUCGCGCUGCUCCGCGGAGUGAAGGUGGAGCCCGCCGGCGUUUAUCGAUGACAUCCCCAGCAAGGUCCAAUUAAUUUCUUCUGCGCAGAGAGGAUACGCAAAUUUUCAGGAAUGCUCCCUGUCCUCCUGGCAGCUGGGUUGAUUCUGGCUCUGUCCGUCCCUGGCGUCACGUCUUUAGCGGCCACGCUGCGCUUCUCGGGGCAGACUGACUUCGCUGUGGUUGAGAGCAACUCAUCGGUGGUCCGGCUGGUCAUAGAGAGAGUGGGAGACCCGGUCAAUGUGACGGCUUUAGUUCAGCUGGAAGGAGACGAUACAAAAGACUUUCAAACCAAUAAUGCCCCGGCCCUUCUGACGUCCAGUGAAUCCAGUAAGACCAUCUUCAUUGGCGUGAAGGACGAUGACCUGCCAGAAGCCGAUGAGACGUUUACCUUCAGCCUUACAGUGCAGACUUCCACCAAUGGUGUGACUUUGGGACAACCGAACAAGGCAACCAUCACCAUCCUGUCCAAUGACAACGCUUUUGGAAUAGUUGCCUUCAACUCAUCAGAAGAGAUUGUUGUUGACGAACCCAGAGGGAGGAGCUAUUUAGUGCCUUUCACCCUGAUUAGAGAAAUGGGAACAUAUGGAUCUGUGACUGUAAACUUUGAGGUUUCUGAGGGUCCCAACCCAGCCAUCGAGGAUCUCAGUCCGGACCGAGGGAACAUCACCUUCUCUGUGGGUCAGGCUGUGCUGCAAUUUGGUGUCUUAAUCCAAGAUGACCAGAUCCCGGAGGAUGACGAGGUGUUCGUAGUCAGGCUAACGGCUGUGGCAGGUGGAGCCCUCCUCAGGCCCAACGCCAGCAGCGUCCGGCUGAGGAUCCGGCGUAACGACAGUCCUCUGCGGUUCUUGCUCUCCAUGGUGGCCGUACAGGAGUCUGCCGGAGUCAUUGCUCUAAACCUGACCCGUGGGCGCUUGACUGAGGACGGGGAAAUUGUCGGCUCUGUUGACACCAAGGUCUCUGUGGACUACGUGGUGGUGAGAGGGGAAGGAGUCGGUAGCGCCACACCAGCUGUAGAUUUCCUGGACCUACAGACAGUCAAAACCGUCACGUUCCCUCCGUAUGUCUACAAGGCCAGCCUACUGUUCAAUAUCACUGAUGACAAUCUGCCAGAAAUUGCGGAGUCCUUCCAACUGAUCCUUCAGGAAGACACCAUCCAAGGAGACGCCGUGCUGGUGUACCCCAACGCUGUGCUGGUGACGAUCGAGCCCAAUGACAAACCUUACGGCGUCCUGUCGAUCAGCAGCGCUGUCAUUCAGCCAAUCGCCAUCAAUGAAGACCUGACACAAAGAUUCGACGGCAUCGUCAUUGUAAGAAAUGGGGGCAGCUACGGCGCCGUGUCGGCCAACUGGUCCAUCAGUAGAAACUCCAGCGAUGGCUCCCCAGUGUCUGAUGAUCUGGCGCCGUCGGCAGGGACGGUGAGGUUCGCUGCGGGUCAGGUGUUCGCCAUAAUCCCCAUCAACAUUGUAGGAGAUGAUCAACCUGAAGAGGCGGAGGCUUUUGUCUUCAGACUGCUGCCCAGAACUGUAACCGGAAAUGCGGAGGUUGAUGAACCCAUGGAGAUGGUUUUCUACAUCCAGGACAGCGACAACGUCUACGGGCUGUUUCAGUUUGACCCAUCGAAGGGGCAGAGCAUCUACAGCGGGCCCGAGGGCCGCUUCCUGUCGCUGAACUUUCUCCGAGAGGGCGGCACGCUGGGCGACGUAUCAAUGACCCUCACCGCCCUCUACAUUCCCGCAGGUCCUAUCGACCCGGCACUGGCGCUUGACCAGGUUUUCAACGCUAGCAGGUCCAUCAGCGUGGCGUUUGCCCGUGAGCGCACAGUACACUUCAUGCUGCCAAUCAGGAACGAUGCUUUUCUGCAGAACAACGCUCAUUUCCUCAUACAGCUGGAUUCACUGGAGUUGAUUAACAUCAGCCCCCGGAUUCCUUCAAACAGCCCGAGGUUUGGGGGAGCACAGAACCUGACCUUACUCAUCACCCCCGAUAUUGCCAAUGGAGAAAUUGGCUUUACAAGUAACACAACAGUGGUGGUUAACGAACCUGAGGAAAGCAAUUCAAGUGUGGUGAGCCUCCCCUUGUGGCGCGAUGGGACGGACGGCAAGGCUGAAGUGUUCUGGACUCUGCAGCCAACGGGGGCCAAUCGAGGAGAUGUAACUGCUGCUGACCUCAACCCUCUCAACGGUUCGGUCGUCUUCCUGUCUGGGCAGAGUGACACCGCCAUCAACUUCACUAUCAUGGCCGACAAUGUCCCAGAGGUCAACGAGUCCUUACUGCUCACACUGGAUAGGAGUAAUGUUGCAAAUAAAAUCCUGAAAUCAGGCUUCACCAGCAGAGAAAUUGUCAUCCUGGAGAACGACGACCCUGGCGGAGUCUUUGAGUUCUCUCCAAUCUCCAGAGGCCCUUGGGUCAUUAGUGAGGGCGAGACUGUGGAGCUGCAUGUUGUCAGAACCCAGGGACAGCUGCUGAACCAAUUCUUACGAUAUGAUGUGAUGCCUGCGGGCGACACAGAGUUCUAUGGAGCCACAGGCAUCCUGGAGUUUAAACCAGGGGAGACGGAGGUGGUGUGGGCACUAUUUGCAAAAACCGACCAUGUGCCUGAGCUGGACGAGACUUACUCAGUGGUACUGAGUAGCCACAGCACUCCACCCAGUCGCCUAGGCAACCACCGGGAGGUCAACAUCACAGUGAGGAAGAGUGAUGACCCUUUUGGGGUCAUUGAGUUCAUCCAAUCAGGCCUGACAGUGACCAUCAAUGAGAGCAAAGGCAACACAAUGCACCAGGCGAUGUUUCCUGUUGCAAGGAACUGGGGUAACUUUGGAGAGGUGUCUGUUUCGUGGGUCCUAGAACCCUCGCUGUCUGAUGACGUGACCCCACUAAAGGGAAACAUCACUUUCAAGGAGGGGGAAAACCUGAAAAACAUCACGGUCUUCUCUCUACCUGAUGAGAUUCCAGAAGACAAGGAGAACUUCACCAUCAAACUGUUAAAUGCAACCGGUGGGGCCAGACUGGGAAACACUCUCAGUGCCACUUUAUGUAUUGAUAAGAACGACGAUCCCAUUUACUUUUCUGAACCUGUCACCAUGCAUCUUCAGGAGGGGCAGGUGGCCAACUUCACCAUUCUCAGGGCAGGUCAGGCAGACUUUGUUGCCACUGUGAUGUACCGAGUGGAGUACGGUGACGCAUCACCAGGUGACCUCACCAUUCUGAGAAACGACACGUUGCUUGUGUAUAAUGUGGGUGAAUGGGUGAAGAAUAUUUCAGUGGGCGUGCAGGAUGACAACAUACCAGAGACGGAUGAAGCCUUCCACAUUGUUCUCUACAACGCGUCUGGUGACGCUGUCGUCUAUGGAGCACAAACAGCCACUGUGGUGAUUAAAGCCAAUGAUGAUGCCAACGGCAUCUUCUCCCUGGAGGCAAUAGAAAAACCAGUAGAAGAGGGCAAAACCAACAGUUUCUAUGUCCUACGAGCCAGGGGCCACUUCGGUAACGUCACAGUCUUCUGGCAGCUGUUUGCCAAUGACUCAGUGACUCCUCUACAGGAACGCCAGGAGUUUACCAACACAUCUGGCUCCAUCACCUUCACUACAGGGGAAGCCACCAAACCCAUUGUUGUUGAGGCCAUCUCUGAUAAGAUGCCAGAGUUUAAUGAGUUCUACGUCCUUAAGCUGGUUAAUGUCUCAGGUGGCUACCCGGGGGAAGGUGGACGUUUGGCUAACACUUCAUUGAAUACCUCAGUUGUCAUCCCCUUCAAUGACGACCCAUUUGGCGUCUUUGCCAUCUCUGACAACAGCCUGAACCUAGAAGUCGCUGAAGAUGUGCUCUCGGAGGAAGAUAUGCGCAAUGUUGCUUCCGUCACCAUUCUUCGACAGCAGGGUGCAUUUGGUGAGGUACGGGUCGCCUGGGAGAUCGUUUCUGACCGAUUCCCAGAGGGCCUUCCUCUGAUGGAUGACCUGCUCCUUCUGGCUUCCUUCCCACGUGAAGUUGAGCUCAGGCCUCAUGCCAGGCGACCACACUCAGCCACAGACACAUGGUUUUUCUCUGGUAACCCAGGAGCUUACGGUGCCAUUUCUCCAGAAGAUGGGCCCGCUGCUGUCGGCAAUUUCACCUUGUCUGCUUGGCUGGUACCCUCACCCAACACCGAUGGCUUUAUCUUGUGCAAAGGAAUCAGGAAUGGGACAUUGUAUUAUGGAGUUAAGGUCCUUACAAACGCUUCUCAUGUCACAGUGAUGUUGUACUACACAGUAGCAGGAUCAAACAGUACUCACAUAGCCCGGGCCAGUGCUGAGUAUUUUGCAGAGGACCACAAAUGGUUACAUGUCAUCAUCACUGUGGAUGAUGGGAUUAUUGAGUUCUUUCUCAAUGGGAACCCUAUUCCUGGUGGACUGAAGAGCAUAAAAGGGGAAAGCAUUGCUGAUGAUAUUUCUUGUCCAGGGUCUGCGUCGUUGUUUAUUGGGUCAGAUCCUGAGGGCUCACAGUGCUACAGAGGUCUCCUCCAAGACGUCCGCUUGUACCAUGUCAGACUGAACGACAGCCACAUCCAAGAGCUUUACAACGAGUCCGCUAAGAAGGACCUGCGCAACAUCUCGGGUUACCUGCGCUACUGGCAGGAGGAGAGACAGAAGUCAUUCAUGGUGGAGGUCAAGGAUGAUAAUCUACAGGAGGGAGAGGAAACCUUUUACCUACAGUUGGUGGCAGUGCAAGGCGGAGCCCGCCUCCCCGUCCCCAGACCCACCGCCUUGCUGCGAGUCAUGAAGAGCGACAAUGCCAACGGGCUGUUCGGAUUCAUCGGGCCCUGCGUGCCUGACAUCACCGAAGAGGGCUCCAUCGUCUCUUGUUCAGUUGAGCGUACGCUGGGAUCUCUGGACUAUGUGUACGUCAACUACACAGUUACCCAGCCGCAUAGCUCGGACAGUAUGACGCCAGCCCAUCAGGAUUUCCUUAAUGCCACUGGAACUGUGCUUUUCAUGCCUGGAAUGCGCUGUGAGUCACUGAACCUGCUGGUGUUGGACGAUAACCUCCCAGAGCUGGAAGAGUCCUUUCAGGUUACACUGGUGUCAGCAGAGUCUGGUGAUGGGAAGCCAAGCUCCACCCUCACCAGUGGUGCGAGCAUUGACCCAUGGGCGUCUGUCAACACUGUCACUGUCAAAGCCAGUGACCAUCCCUAUGGCCUGCUGCAGUUCCAGUCCAGCCCCCCAGGAGAGGGCUUGAUAUCCCCAGCCUUAGAACCUGCCCACAUUACCGUAUUAGAGGAAGCUGGGCAAAUCCAUCUAGUAGUCGCCAGAGCCCAAGGCCUUCUGGGACAUGUCAUGGUAGGGUACAUGACAGCCCCCGUAACAGCGUUAAGCAAUAGGGAUUAUGAGGACUCGGAGGGCAUGCUGGACUUUCUUCCAGGGGAUAGGGUGAAGUUUAUCAAUGUGACCAUUACAGACAACAGUAAUCCUGAGCUGGAGAAAAUAUUUAAAGUGGUGCUCUAUAAUCCUAAUGGAGGAGUGAAUCAGUUCCUGAGUAGUGAAGGAAGUGGUAGUGGGGAGAGUGAUUCUGACUUCCUCCUUCUCUCCUAUCCCCACCAUGCCAGUUUGGGAGUGGCAUCUUCUAUCACAGUCACAAUUGCAGCUUCUGAUGAUGCACAUGGAGUGUUUCAGUUUAAUCCUCAAUACCUAUUUGUUAACGGGACAGAACCUGAGGAUGGACGCAGCUCUGUGGUCCUGCAGGUGGAUCGAUUUUCUGGGAACCUCUCCAAUGUCACUUUGUACUGGGAGACUGAUCCCAGAUCUGAGGGACAGCUCCUCCAUAGCUUUGGCAACAUCACUUUUGGCAUAGGCCAGAAAUCAGGCAACAUUAUUGUCAAUGUGGCUGACGAUGAGACCCCUGAGUUGGAUGACAGCUUCAACGUGUCCCUGGUUAACGUCUCUCACGGCCGCCUGGGCAUCCAAACAUCUGCUAUUCUGACUGUGCUUGCCAGCGACAACCCUUAUGGUGUUUUUGUAUUUGCUAAUUCAACAAAGUCUGCCCGACUUCCUGAGGCUAACUCAAAUGUCUCCCUCACCAUCUUGCGACAGAAAGGCCUGAUGGGUCAGGUGCGUGUUACAUAUGGGACACUGAAUGAGGCAGAUCCGGGACCAUAUAGUACUCCUGGUGUGGGCCGAGCUACUGAGGGACGGGAUUUUGUUCCCCUCCAGGAUUCUGUUGUGUUCAUGGCCAAUCAGAGUGAGGCAAAAAUAAUCCUCCAAGUGCUGGACGAUGAGGACCCAGAAAGAGAUGAAGCAGUUUUCCUGAAGUUGAUCAGUGUUCAGCUUAUUAAAGGAGAACAAGAGAGGCUGAUUCUGAACUCCCCUUCUCUGGGCCCCAGGGCGGACACCGUGGCCCAGGUGACGGUGGAGGCCAGUGACGGUGCCUUCGGAGUGCUGCAGCUGUCUACCUCUGCUGUCAGUGUACCCGAGCACUACGUUGGGCCUAUUAUAAAUGUAACACGCACGGGGGGAAUUUUUGCAGAUGUAUCUGUCAAGUUCCGAGCGAUGCCAUGGACUGCCAGUAUCAGUGAAGACUACAGCGUGGCCUCCAGUGAUGUGGUCCUGCUAGAGGGGGAGUCCAGUAAAUCUGUACCCAUCUAUGUUAUUAACGAUAUGGUCCCCGAGGUAGAGGAGACCUUCUUCAUUGAGCUAAUCAACCAGACCACCGGGGGGGCUCUCCUAGGGGAGCCCACACGCGCCAGCAUCACCAUCCUGCCUUCUGACGACCCUUUUGGUGCCUUCGUCUUUCAGGCCGUUCCAGUGACCAUAGAGGAACCAGCAUCUAACUCCACGGAGGUCACAUUUCCUAUUGUGCGUAAUGCUGGUCAUAUUGGCACAGUGGCGGUCCAGUGGCAGGCCACUGUCAAUGGGAAGCUAGCAGUGGGAGACAUCAGGCCCACUUCAGGAGAAGUGAGAUUUGCUCCUGGAGAGACAACGAAAACGCUGCGAGUAGAGAUUUUGGCUGAUGAUGUACCUGAAAUCACUGAGGUAAUUAGGGUGGAGCUUACUGGUGCCAGUAAUGGAGGGAGCCUUGGAGCUGGAACGACAGUUGACAUUACAGUGCCCGCCAACGACAACCCAUAUGGGACAGUGUACUUUGAGCAGUCAGUUUACCGUGUUCAGGAGCCCUUGGAGGGAGUUUAUAGAGCCAACAUUACUGUCCACAGGAGCGGAGGUCAUUUUGGUCAGUUGGAGGUUGUGUACAGCACUUCUGAGGCUGACGUUGUUGGCUCGGCACAGGCUAACGGCCAGAAGCUACUGACGUACUACAACCCCCCCAAAGCAGGCAGCCCCUCCACCGCCCCCGUGAUGACGGUUAAUAUCACGGGUCAGCCUGACCCCCUGGUCGCGUGCGCCGCUGCUUGUCUGAGGCAGCCGGCCUGCCAAGCCUUCUCUACGUCGUCAGGGGCGGCGCCGUCCUGCACUUGGGUGGCAUCGGGGGCUGACCAGCUGACUUCUAGGCCUCAGGUUGUGACCUAUGUGAAAAACGUCACCGCAGCCGCUGUCCUGUUCAGUGCCCAGGCUGUGGCGGGAAGCGACUACACCCCUGUGACAGCGCAAAGUGCCUUCAUGGAGGACGGCUCAGGGACGGCCAACCUCACAGUCCCAAUAUUAACUGAUACCUUCCCUGAAAUGGAUGAAAGCUUCUCCAUACAAAUUUUAAAGGUAGGGCUGAUAAAUCAGACUGUGGCUCAGAAGAACCUGCCCUCGAUCGGCCAGCCAGACAGAGCCGUGGUAACCAUAGCGAUGAACGGAGAUGCCUUUGGUGUGUUUCUGAUAUACAGUCUCAGCCCUAAUGCCACUAACAAGGGGCUUUACCUAGAGGUUCACGAGGAGCCUAUGGUUGUGGUUCCUCUUGUUAUUGAGAGGAGAGGAGGAAAUCUUGGAAAUGUGUCCGUGGAGUGGAACUAUGUCGGAGGAAAGGCCACACCAGGUGUGGACUUCUCUGCGAUUGGUGGUACUCUGUACUUUGAUGGUGAUCUCAACAAGACAAUUGAGAUUGUAAUCAAAGAUGAUCUUGAACCAGAGGACAGUGAGAGCCUCAUGAUUGGGCUUGUUAAGACAGAGGGAGGAAGUCGAAUCCUGCCCAGCUCCGACACUGUCACCGUGGUGAUACUGGCCAACGAUCACGUGGCUGGAAUCGUGGGCUUCCAUCCAACAUCCCGUUCUCUUAUCGCCAGAAAAGGCGAAAAGCUGUCUCUACUAGUGUUGAGGACAGCUCCAGGUCUGGGCAAUGUCUCUGUGGAGUGGUCUGUACAAGGACCCCUUGUACUUCAAACCUUUACCCAAACCUCAGGGAAACUUUUCUUUUCUGAGCGACAGUUAAAUGACACCAUAGUCCUUCAGCUUCUUGAUGGCAAACCAGAGAACAAAGCUGAGUACAAGGUUACCUUGUCCAACAUCCAAACCUAUGGUGUUGCGGCGACAGGCUCCGCCGCCCUGGACGUUCAGGGGAGGGAGGCAGUGCUCACUGUGGACACCAGCGAUACGCCUUAUAGGCUGCUGACCAUCGCCCCCUCAUCGCUUAGGGUGACGACAGAGGAAGGGGCUCGGACCGUAAACAUCUACGUCAACAGAGAACUUGGAGCCUCAGGAGCAGUCAACAUCACCUAUGAAGUUAAACGAGGUUCUCUACAAGACCUGUCUAAGGUGGACGGAGCCCUGGCUGAUCCAGGACAGGACUUCAUCUCCGGUACUGGUUCCGUGGUCCUUCAGGAGGGACAGACUUCUGUUGCCAUCCCUGUCACCAUCCUGGAGGAUGAGAAUCCAGAGUUGCAGGAGUUUUUCCUGGUUAACAUAACAUCGGCAGUGCUCAUCACAACUCUUGCCACUGUUGUCCAACUAGACGUCCAAGGUUUAGUGGCAGAGAUCAGCAUUUCUGCUAAUGACGGAAUAAGUGGAAUCAUUGAGUGGAGAAUCACAACGUAUGAAGUGAAUGAGACGUCAGGGUCACUGACGCUAGAGGUCUACAGGAACAAAGGGACCUAUGGAAAUGUCUCACUUCUUUUCAGUGCUAAGAAUCUGGAAGCGCAACAGGGACUGGACUACAUCACCAAUGACACGAUGCUCCAUUUUGUUCAUGGAGAAAGGCAUAAAUUUGUGGAAGUGCAGAUUGUUGAUGACACCAUUCCUGAGGGACCUGAGAGGUUCCAGCUCAUCCUGUCUCAGCCUUCAGCUAGAUUGGAGCUGGGGAUGAAUACCACAGCGACUGUGACUAUUUUGGCCAGUGACGAUGGACACGGCGUCAUCUCGUUUAACACCAGCGAGCAUUUUGUGCUGAGAGAGCCCACGUCUGUGCUGGGGCUCAGUCAGAGCGUGGCCAGACUCUACGUGGUUCGCAAUCCCGAGGAAGGCACAUUUGGCACCGUAACUGUUCACUUUACCAUCACCGACACCAAUGGAAGCCUGGCAGAGGCCGAUCUGACACCAGCACAAGGGUUUGUGGUGCUGGAGGAUAAAGUCAGGUUCAAAAUGCUGGAGAUCUGGGCAGUGCUGGAUGCUGAGCCUGAAGCCAAUGAGACCUUCACGGUCACACUGUUUGACCCAACAGGAGGCGCACGCCUGGGCUCCCAGCUGCACAGGGUCAUCACCAUCCUGGAAAACCUCGCACCCUCUGGCUUGUUCCGCAUUACACCUACGCUCAACAGAACUAACACAGAGGUGGUUGCUGCUGAAGGUGGAACUGUGUUCCUUAGCGUGUCUCGCAGUAACGGUCUGGAGUCAGCGGUCAGUGUAGAGUGGGAGACGCAGUCUGACACCGCUACUGCCGCUAGGGGGUCUCUGCCAGUGAUGGGUGUCUACCAGAGCUUUGAGUUCAGCCCCACCUCAGCCUGGUGCUCCCUUCCCCAUGACACCUCCUUCUUGGCUGUGAGGCUCGAUAGGAAGCCUGUAGUUGGAGCCUACUACACCUUGGCCACUGUGUACCGGUGGCAGGGUGUCUUUGUGCCAGUAGAGUCAUUCAGCAUCCAGGAACCAAGCUCUUGUGUUGGCUUUGUAGUGAAUGGUUCUACCUACAUAGGCAUUACUCAUGGAGGUCCUCCCUUCUCCCCUGCUGCCAACCUCAGCAUCUUCAAAUUGCAGAAGGACCUCAACGUCACAUUGGAACAAACCUUAGGUGUUGAGGCUCUGACAGUGAAACACGUCUCUACUGAGGGGAUGGAGUAUCUCAUAGUAGGAAGCCAGGUGUUUGUGUGGACUGGAGGCUCGUUCACCCUCCUCCAAACACUCGGUUUCGAACAACGCAUUCUAAGUGUCACUCCUUUCACCCAUGACGCUGUUCCACACCUGGUGGUGUGUAUUGACAGGCAGAGUGGGGGCUGCGUCUUGCUUCCGUGGACCAGUGGAAAAUUUCAGAAGCCUCAGCCUUUAUCACUGAGCGGCAGAGUCAGUCAGGUGGAGACGAUCAGCAGGAGAGGGGAGGACACUCUCCUACUGGCUGUUAUCGAAGGUUCGUCUCCAUCCUGUGAGGUGCUGCAGUGGAGGUCAGGGCAGCUUUCGACCCAGUUUACCCAGUUAACCCAGUCAACCCAGUCCAUUCCUCACAAAGGCCUCACAUCAGUUCACCUCUUCAGUUCUUCUGGGAUUACUUAUGCCCUGCUGGCUGGAAACAACGGCUCCUCACUCUACUCGUGGAGAACUGAUGUCAACCUGUUUGCCAUGAUCCUGGUGGCCCCUCCAGCCAUUAGAUACCUCUCUCUUAUGGCCCCACUCCUCAACAGCACCAGAACCCUGUUGGCGUCUGUUGAAGAAAGUAGUUCCACUAUUUAUGAAUUUACUGCUGUCUCAAAUCAGUCUGAUUUCAUACCCAGUUCUGGUGAGUUGUACUUUGCACCAGGGGACAGAGAGCUAGAACUAGCAGUGAGUAUCUUAGAUGAUGACAUACCAGAGGUGCAAGAGUACUUCAAGGUCAUCUUGAAGAAUCCGAAGGGUGGGGCUGAGAUUGGAUUUGGAGGUCAGGUGACAGUAAGUGUCCCAGCCAACGACGAUGCGCAUGGAAUCAUCGGCUUUGCUCAGAAUUCUCUGUUUAUGGAGGUAGAGGAGUUGAUGCAAAAUAAUCUAAUCUCCCUAAAAGUGGAGAGGAGAAGAGGCACCUUUGGCACAGUGACGGUUCACUGGGUUGCCAGUGGUAGUCUGGCAGAUAUUAACCCCACUUCAGGAGUGGUCCGAUUCUCGGGGGGCCAGUCGGAGGCCAUCAUCUCACUGACCGUGGUAGCAGAUGAUGUCCCAGAGCUAAGGGAGAACGUCACCAUCACCAUCGAUGAUGUCACCACAGAGGGGCUGCAGGACCCACGACAGGCUGCAGGCGUUGACAGGCAGCGGGCACAGGCCCUGCUCAGCAUUCUACCAAACGACUCUCCCUACGGGGUGCUUGGGUGGCAUGUGGACUCUGUGUUCACACAAACACAAGAACCCUCGAGGACUCCUGUCAACGUGACGCUGACUAUAGUAAGAGAGCAGGGCUCUUUUGGUGAGGUUGCAGUCCAUUACCAGACCAGGCCAGCUCUGUACCUGCCUCCAUCCAACCAGGCUACAGCAGGAAUGGACUACUCUGCCAAAGAAGGCACUAUCAAUAUGAUAAAUGGUGCUACCGUGGCCAUUGUCACGGUCACAAUCCUACCGGAUGACGUGCCAGAGCUAGCAGAGAGCUUGGUGGUGAACAUCACCAGGGUUGAGGUGGUAGGGGGUCCCCUCGGAGCACAGCAGCCGAGUGUGAAACGUCCUGGCAUGGAGGUAGCACAGGUCACCAUUGAGGAGAAUGACGACCCCCGAGGGAUUUUACAGUUCAAUGUUUCUGAGAACAUCCCUGGCAGCGUGCUGGCGUAUGAGGUACCGCCGCCAGACAACAUCAUCCAUCUACCCGUGGUGCGGCUCGCUGGCAUGACUGGAAGACUGGUCCUGUACUGGGAGGCUCGGCCAGUCACUGCUGAUCUUAACGAUUUCAGCCCCGCUGCCGGGAAUAUUACUUUUCAAGAUGGACAGAGAGAAGCAAGAAUUUCCAUCACCAUCUUGGAUGAUGAACAAGUGGAGUCUUCAGAGAAUUUUACAGUGAAACUGCUAAGUGUGAGUGGUGGUGCUCGACUCGGAGUCGUCCCCUCUGCGACGGUCACUAUUCCGUCCAAUGACUCACCUCUCGGACAGUUUGGAUUUCAGCAACUGGAGGUUACGGUCAGUGAGCCAGAGUUUGUGAACGACCCUGCUGCUGUGGCAACGCUAGCAGUGCAGCGUAGUGCGGGGGGCAAAGGGGCGGUGACACUUAGUUGGCAGCUGGAAGAGCGGGCCAAAGGUGACCUUUCACCUCUCAAUGGAACCCUUGUCUUCAGUGAGGGUGACACUGUGAAGACCUUUGUGGUUAGGGCCCUCGCAGACUCUGUCCUGGAAGGAGAUGAGCACUUUGCUGUCCAGCUGGUUCCCGCUGAGAGUGGUGCCGUCAUAAGCCCUUUAAAUGGCAUUGCCACAAUCACAAUUAGGGCCAACAAGGCCGCGCUGGGGAUUAUCGGAAUAGCAGAGUCCUCCAGCCUCGUUCUCAUUGGAGAACCUCAGGGAGGUUACAACGGUAGCGCUGUGGUCAGCCUCGUGCGAGGGCCGGGUGUGUUUGGAGACGUCCAGAUAUCCUGGAAUAUGGUUCCAGCCGUUGCUUCUGAGUUUGAAGUGACCUCUGGCACUGUGACUUUCAGAGACGGACAGUCGACUGCAGCCAUUAUUCUGCAGACAUUAGAUGAUGAUCUUCCUGAGGAGCGCCGUGAGUACCAGCUUGUAGUGACUUCCACUACCCCGGGACUGGACAUAAGUCCCACCGCCAGGCAGGCGAAGGUCAUAAUGGCAGCCAGUGACAGCCCCCAUGGCAUUUUCUCCUUCAGUCAGCGUGAGCUUAGAGCAACGGAGGAGGAAGGAACGAUUAAUGUGACGGUGACCCGCUCGCUGGGUAGUCUGGGCCGUGUGUGGGUGGCCUAUCAGACCUCAGGCGACACAGCAGUAAGUGGAGCGGACUUCAAACCAGCUUCAGGACAGCUGCUUUUUAAUGCUGGACAGACGUCGCAACAACUCGCACUGAAUGUCACGGAUGACAGUCUUCCAGAGGGGCCUGAGAUGUUCUUCCUCAACUUAACUGACGUGUCAUUGGUCAAUGCCAGUGGUGUGGACUACAUGGUGAGAGAGUCUGGCCUCCAGCUGGACCAGCCUCCGACCAUAGGCAACAUCAGCUCUCUCAUGGUGGUCAUACUAAAGAAUGAUAAUGUUGAAGGCGUCCUGGAGUUCAGGCAGGAUUACGUAAACAUUACAGUUGAGGAGGAAGUGGGGAGUAUAUUGCUCCCGGUGGUGAGGAGAGUAGGUUCAUUUGGACCCGUUUCAGCUCAGUUUAUUUCCAGAGGCUUGAGUGCGACCCCUGACCUCGACUACAUCUUGAAAAAUGGCUCAGUGACGUUUGUCCAUGGCCAGAAUACCAGUUAUAUAAAUAUCACAAUUAUAGACGAUGUUGCAAGUGAAUAUGCGGAGACCUUUGAGGUGGUGCUGGUCGGUGCCACAGAUGGAGGAGUUCUCGGCGCCCAUCGACUUACCAGGAUUACCAUCGCUAAGAGCGACUCUCCAAGCGGCGUGGUCCGUUUCCUCAACGAGACCCUCAUCCCUUUGCUCAACCCCAACUCCACUCUUCCACUCAGCCUUGUCGUAAAGAGAGCAGGCGGCCUAGUGGGCAACGCAACGGUCGCCUGGCUCAUCCGCGGCCCUAACAGCAGAGAGGCCCUUCCUGCGAUCAAUACUGACAUUAGGGACCCUGUGAACGGAAGCUUCUUCUUCAGGGAUGGGGAGGAAAGUGCUCACACCAUAGAGCUGCGCAUUCUCCCCCACGGGGAAGUGGAGGUGGAGGAGACGUUUAUCGUAGAGCUCAGCAUUUUGUCUGGAGAAAUGGAUGUCGAUCCUCAUGCUGGCUCUGUAACACUGAAGAUAGAGAAAUUUGGUGACCCAAAUGGCAUAGUCCUGUUUGCAGCAGACUCCCUUCAAGAGCGCGUCUACAAUGAAUCCACCGAAGCAGAGGGGCCAUUCAACAUCUCCCUGCUUGUUAGACGGAGAGAGGGCGUCAUGGGGAACAUCACGGUGCGCUGGCAGAUACAGAGCGAGUCGGACAUAGCGGGCGACUUCCUGGCUACAGCGGGCGCGGUGGUGAUUCUGGAAGGCCAGCGGGAGGCCGACAUUGUCCUCAGCCUGAUGCCCGAUACAGUUCCAGAGCUGGAGGAGCUGUACACUGUCCGACUCACAGCUGUGGAUGGCGGUGCUACCCUGGAUGCCGACCCAAACCUGUUGAAGACAAUCAUCAGGGUGCGUGCUAACGACGAGCCACACGGUGUCUUUUCGCUGAACCCUGAGCAGCAGUCUGUCACGGUGACAGGGUCAGAGUCCCAGAUCACCAGAGCCCUCCUUCUGAAUGUGACUCGCCUCGCUGGGCUGUUUGGCAACGCCAGCGUGGGCUAUAGGCUCAGAGGCCGGAAGGACGGUGAGGUGAUGGACAUCGGGGAUGUGUUGGGAGUACAGGCUGAAGGAAGGCUGUUCCUGAGGGAGGGUCAGCCAUUCAGUGCUGUCACUGUGCCGAUCAACAGCCAGGCGUUUUUGACGGUGGGGGACAGCUUUACAGCAGAGCUCACUGAUGUUAGACUGGAGAGUCCCGUCCUUGGCUCGUUGCCUCGACUCCUUCAUGAGGCCAGCGUUGCUAAAGUGGCUGUGCCCGAGCAAGCUGCCAGCUCAGAGGUUGGCUUUGCAUCUGUGGCGCUUCGGGUUUCAAAUCUGGAAACAGGAGCAUGUGAGGCCAAGGUAACACGAACGGGGCUGUUCGGGGACAUAAGUUUGCAGUGGGAAGCCGGGUAUCCUUCAGGACAGGUCCCGGCGGGCUUCAGAAGCGGAGCAAUAAGCCCUGGCUCAGGUUCGCUGACCCUGGCUCAUGGAGAGAGGAGUAAAGCUAUGUCUCUCACAGCUAUUGCUAAUACAUUAGAGCCAACUUCCUAUGCUGUACAUCUCACUUCUGCCAAGUCUGCCAAUGGUGGUGCUUUCAAGCUCAGGCCGGGCUUCACACUGGCAGAAGUGGAGCCUUUAGGGGUUUACCAGUUUGCCCCCGAGUCCCGCCAGCUACAAACAGCAGAGGACAGUCAGACGAUAACGCUUUAUGUGCAGAGACUCUACGGUUUUCACAGCAAUACCACCCACGUGUCCUAUGCAACAACAGCAGGCAGCGCGAAGGCCGGAGAGGACUUUGUGGCGGUGCCGGAGGGCCGCGUGGUCUUUGACUCGCCGCUGCAAAUGAACGCUUCCCUCCACCUUUCCCUGCGUGACGACUCUCUGUCUGAGCCCGAUGAGCACUUCUAUGUCAACUUGACGGACGUUCAAGCCGCUGCGUGGAGAGACACCUCCCCACGCCUCAACCCUCAGCACAGCGUGGCCACUGUCACCAUCCUGGCCAGCGACGUGACCGGCGGAGUUUUGAGCAUUGGACCUGAACUGGUCCAAGUAGCCGAGGACAGAGAGGAAGGGACCGCGCAGGAGCGGAGGGUGGUUCUGAGGGUGCGUCGGUCCGACAGCCUGGCUGGGGUUGUGAAGGUUCGGGUUCAAGCCUAUGGGGAUGGGAGCAAAGCACCUCCCUUCACUCCGGAACCUGGCGGCGCCCUCGCAAAAGAGCAGCAGGACUUCCGCUUAGAGUCCACUACGGUGUCCCUGGAGGCGGGUCAGAAUGAGACCCAGGUCGUACUUCUCAUCCUGGAUGACUCUGAGCCAGAGGGACAGGAAGUGUUCUUCAUCUACCUCAGUGAUCCGGAAGGAGGGGCGCAAAUCACAGGCAAUCCACACCAGGGCUUCGGAGCGUUUGCCAAGAUCACUAUCCUUGGGAGUGACUUCCAUAACGGUAUCGUAGGGUUUAGUGUCGCUUCCCUUAUUGGUAAAGUACUAGAUGAGGAUUCAAAGAACAGAGCUGCCGUCCUUUACCUGCAAAGGCAAGAAAACAGAGCCUUCGAGGACGUGCAGAUCUCCUGGAGAGUUACGUUCAACAAGGCACUUCCCACCCUGGUCAGUAAUGGAGUGGACCUGAGCAGACAACUUGUUCAAACCUCAGGAUCUACGUUGUGCAGAAGAGGGGAAACGCUUUGUGCUCUGACUCUGGAGGCGCAGGACGACGAGGAACCCGAGUACCAGCUUUGGUUCUUGGUGGAGAUUUUCCAGGUGGGCACUGGAGCGACUAUUAAUGAGACGGCCCGAUUUGCGAACAUAACAAUGGCGGAGAGCGACGACCCUCGGGGCGUUGUGUACUUCGCUGUGGGCCAUCGACUCCCCAUCGCUACCAUAACGGCCACAAACCUCAGUCUCCAGGUCUACAGACAAGCCAGCACAGCUUCAGCCACGUCUGUGUACUACCGCACGCUCGAGCUACCCAGAGAAGAAGCGCUGGGUCCCUCUGCAGUCUGGCCUGCUAAAUCAGGGAUGGACUUUACUAAACAGGAGGGUCAACUAAUCUUCGACGUGGGGCAACGUAACGCUACGCUGGACAUUUACCUGACGCCCCAACUGGCCUCGUCCCUGCCCACUCCCAAACGCUUCCAGGUGGAGCUGUACAACGCCACCGGGGGAGCCAGGGUGCACCCCCGGUUUGGCCUGGCCAACGUGACCCUGGUGUCAGACGCAGAAAGUGAAGCCGUGUGGGUCCUACUGGACCAAUUACAGCAGCCUCUUCAAGCAGAAGUACUGAACCAGGCACUGCAAGGACUCAGCAGUAAGGUCACUAGAACUCUUACUGGGGAGCAGAUGACAGCUGUGCUCGAAGCGUUUGAAAAGGUGCUCACGGAGGCCGAGAGGACUCCUUUACAGGAAAGCAGUCGUAAUUUGACCUACGACCUGCUGUGUGCCCUUGCCGACCCCGGCAGAGCGGAUACGCGGGGCCUCAACCACCUCGCUGGGGUGGCUGAGCGAUUUGCCUUCUCCCUCCUGGUCCACAGCCAGUGCGAGAUUAGGAGGGUUGUUCUGGAAACAUGCCCACAUAUGACCAUCUCUGCUCUCCGGUCGUACCCCACCGAAAUCAAUGGGUACAAAUUCAGGGGCGCUAACGGAGACUUCUUCCAGCUGCCAGACACUCUGCUGCCCGUGCCUGCAGCCCUGUCUGCUGACUGUGGCAACUUCAGCCAAAUUCAGCUGACCGAGUUUCGAACCGACCACUGGUUCCUCAGCAAUGAGACGUCCAAUGCCCUGAACGGGAAGGUAUUUUCAACCAGCCUCCAGGACAGAGGGUCACGACCCCUAGAAGUUGGUCAUGAGGUGGUGUACCGCAUCCAUACGACUGGUCAGCAAGUGAAGCCAGGCCGGUCUUUGUGCCUCCUGUGGAACCAGACCACUGCCAGCUGGUCAUCGGAUGGUCAGUACUGCAGGCUUGUGAAGGAGAGUGGGAACUAUGUGGAAUGUGCCUGCUCCCACUUGUCCAUCUACACGGCCUACGCCGAGUUGUCCACGCUUGCGACCUACAAUGAGGCCUUUUACGCCUCUGGGUUUAUUUGCAUUUCAGGCUUUGCGUUGGCCAUCAUAUCCCACGUGCUGUGCUCCCGUUUUCCCAUGUUUGCUGCCAAACUGCUCACUCACAUGAUGGUGAGCUGCCUUGGAGCCCAGAUCUGCUUCCUGGUGUCAGUGUUCCGUGGCCGACUGCUUUCAGACGACAGCUGCGCUACUCUAGCGCUCUUCUCUCACUAUUUUCACCUGAGUCAGUUCUUUUGGAUGCUCAUACAGGCGGUGAACUUCUGGCAGGUGCUGGUGAUGAACGACGAGCACACGGAGCGCCGGUACCUGCUCUACUUCCUGCUGGGCUGGGGACUUCCUGCCCUGGUGGUCGUCGUCCUGGUGGUGGUGCUGCUCGGCGGCUUCGGGUGGCCCAUGAGCAGUGUGUACGGCCUGGUGCAGGGAGACGUGUGCUUCAUCCCAAACAUCUACGCGGCGCUGUCCACCGCGGUGCUGGUGCCUCUCGUCUGCCUGGUGGCGGUGCUGGUCGUCUUCGUCCACGCCUACCAGGUCACGCAGCAGUGGAAGGCCUACGACGACGUCUACCGCGGACGCACCAACAGCACAGAGGUGCCGCUGGUCCUCUACCUGUUCGUCCUCGUCUCCCUGGUGUGGCUGUGGGCAGGGCUCCAUAUGGGCUACAGGUACAUGUGGCUGCUCAUCCUCUACGUCAUCUUUAACUGCCUCUUGGGUUUGUACGUGUUCGCAGUCUACUUCGUCAUGCACAACCAGCUCUGUUGGCCGACCAAAGCCAGCUACACAGUGGAGAUGAGCGGCCACGACAGCCCCGACGCCACCUACCAGGGAGCGGGACCCGCCACUAUCGGCGGCGAAAUGAGCAAAUCCACUCAGAAUCUGAUCAGCGCCAUGGAGGAGGUGUCCGCAGACUGGGAGCGAGCGUCGCUGCGGCCCGGCGGUCAGCCCAGCGAUGUGUUCAAGGCCAGCCCUGUGAUGGGAACGUACGCCACCGACGGAGGCUUCGUCAACACCAACCUGGUCACCGCAGACGAGGAGUCGCAGGAGUUCGAUGAUCUCAUAUUUGCCUUAAAAACCGGGACCGGCCUUAAUGUCAGCGAUAACGAGUCCAUCCCCGGGAGCCAUGAUGGGGGCAGCGUGAGCAGCUCUCAGAUAGUCGAGCUGAGGCGAAUCCCCAUCGCAGACACACACCUCUGAUCCCGAGCCCCCGCCUCCAAUUACAGCACAGUAUUUUUAUAUUGUAAAAUGCUUUUGCACUAAACACAUUUUUAAUAGAACAUAUGUAACAUAUACAAGUUUGAUACUGUAUAUGCUUUUUACUGUACAUCUCUUUUAUAUAUAUAUAUGAUCCUAUACAGAAAUGUUUGACUAAAUUAAUUUUUUAAGCGCUCCUCAUGGAGUUGUUGUCGGAUGUACAUUUAGGUUAUUUUUCAUAGCGAGCGAGCGGGAGAGAUAGCCACCGAAGCGCUCCUGCUGAGGAUGGAGUUUGUGUAACAGUGUUAAUAAAUAAUUGACUUUCA